UUUGCUGCAUCCUCUGCUCUCCGCCUCUUCUACUUCCUCACUUUCUCCGGUUUCUGGCGGGAUUUUGUAGUCAAUUGGUAUUCUAUUGACUGACUUUCUUAUCUCUUCUUUGUUUGAGGAUUUAAUUGGCGUCGCAGCCCCGAGGAUCACCUCCUCUACCAUCAACCACCAUCCGGCUGAUUCCAUCCAUCCCCAUCAUCCACAUCAUCCACGAUGAACUCCGACGCAUCAUUCACCCCCUCCCUCCCCGGCGAACUCAAAGUCGACAGACUCGAGUCCCUCUCCCCGGACAAGCAGCACGUCUACCUCUUCACCUGGCUCUCGGAUCUCAACCGCUUCCUCUCCGCGCAGGACUCGGACGGCGCGACCGCGCACCAGAUGUUUGUCAAGAACGAGCUCGGCAAGCUCACGCCUUUUUCGUCGUCGAUUCUCACGAGGCCGAUCAGGAUGCUGGUUGGACGGUGUUAUGUCGAGAUUUAUACAAAGGGCGAUCGGAAGACUUUGUAUGAUGUCUUGAAUGAUCUGCUUAACGCGCUCAACGCCGGAAAAGCGGAUAAAAAUAUUGACUCAAAGUUUUUCCUGGUUCAUGUUAUUGGUGACGUAUUUGGCUGCGCCGGAGACAGCGUUAUGUCAAUGGCCGCCCAUGGAGUCCUUUCGCUCAUGCGUUUAAUCAAAGCGUCAUCAAAUAACGCAGGAUACAGAACCGCAAUCUUCAGAUCACUCUCGCAAAUCUUCAGUCUCUGCGGAUCGUUCAUUGAGGAAAAUCUAGGACGCGAUAUGUGGAAGCAGGCACGCUAUGGCACGCAGGAUAAGUCCUCUCUCGUGCGUGCUGCUGCGCUUGAUUGUCUUCGAGAAAUGUUCAAAACCGUGCCGUACUUCAACAACGCCUCGGAUCUAGACCACCUCCGCUCGAUCGUCGUCAAAGCGCUCGACACCCCACAAUCCACAGUCCGCAAGUCGGCCUCGCAGUGCUGGGCCUCGGCCAUCAUCGUCGCCACAACCGUCACCACAUCCGUGGUCGAGGUGCCGGUUAAGAAAUCCAAGAAACCGCCGCCACCGCCGAACCCGGACGCCGAAGAAGGAUCGAACGUUACGGUCGCGCCGCCGCAGCAGCCGCCGCAGACGGUCAAAAAAGUUGUGCAGAACGUGACGAUUUCGUUUGAGGAUGGGCUCAAGAUCCUUUCAAACGCCUACACCAAAUCCGGCAGUCUCAGUCCGCGUGUGAAAGCAGGGAUUAUCGAGACUUACACCGAACUCUUCAUGCUCAGCGGCUCGGCCGACGUCGAGAAACAUUACCUCUCAAUCACCAAGAACUUGCUCGACGACAUUCUCUCCCAUCCAAACGUGAUUGGCAACCGCAACCGCAAGCUGCUGGCGAGAAGACAGGUCGUGUUUCUCCUGAACGAGGUCAUUGGCCAGCAACUUCUCGGCGAACCGGGCCGUCUGCACUCGGCGACAAUUCUCGUCAACGAGUUUUUGAAAAACUAUCCCCGCGUCAUCAAGGACCGCUACGAGCCGUCCAAGUACGCGCUCACCGGAGCCGUGCUCGCGCUCAAGUACUUGAUCGAGACCUUGGGCUCAGCCAUCAUCGCCGACCAGAAGCCGAUCCGAGACGCGCUCCUGCUCGUGCUGCAGCAUCCAAACUACACCGUCCAGAUGUCCGCCUGCUCCUGCAUCCGCGCCUUUCUUCUUCACGUCCCCGCCCUCCUCGUCCCGACCGCGGCCUCGCUCAUGAACAGUCUCAACCGCGACCUCGCGGUCCUCAAGAGCAGGCGCGUGUCCUGGGAAGUCGCGGGCCGGUGCAACGGCUACGCCAGCGGUCUCGCGACCGUGAUUUCGGUCGCCAGUCUGCGCCCGCAGUUUGCCUCGCUCGAUCUUGCCUCGCGCAUCUUCACGCUCGCCACGGGCCUUUUGAAAGCCAGCGGCGACGUCGACGUGCUGGUGUCGACGGCGCAUAUCCAGGUCGCGUGGAUGCUGAUGUCGGGGUUGAUGUCGCUUGGACCUACGUUUGUCAAGUUGCAUCUGAGUCAGCUGCUGUUGCUUUGGAAGAGCGCGCUGCCAAAGCCGCUGUCUAAGGAUGCGGUGACGGACAAGAACGUGCUCGAGUACAGUUUCCUUACCUAUGUUCGGGAAUGCGCGCUCUCGUCGAUUCUCGCGUUCUUGCGCUUCAACAAGCGGUUGAUUACAAGCGAUGUGGCGAAGCGGAUCAUCUCGCUCAUGCAAAACACUACCGCCUAUCUGAACCUCCUGCUGUCAAAGAAGAUAAUCGACGACCAGUCAAUGCGGCUGCACGCCUCCCUCACGCUCGUCGACUACGAGAUGAUGGUCCGCAGACGCGUGCUACAGUGCUACACCACGCUCAUCGAAAUGCGCCACGGCGACAGCUUACAAGCCGAAAUCAUCACCACCGCCGUCUCCUUAUUCGCCGAGCCGGACGCGUACAUCUCGCCCUUGAGCACGACCAUCGCCGCCAACGCCGGCGCGUUCGAGUCGGUGUGGGAGGUAGCCGACAACUAUGCCUACGGGGUCACGAGCAUGAUUCAAAACUUCAAUCUCGCGAAAUUCGGAUUCGAGAGUCCGAACGACGACCGCGAAAUGAUCUCCAGGUCGUGGCUCACCACCGAGUCCUUUGGCUCCUCCGUCGAGCGAAUGCUAAACGAGCCGACGAUCGGCGCCGUCGAACAUGACUUUGUCGCCAUCUUCGGUCAGUCCGAGUCUGAAUCCGGGCUGGUGCCGUGGCAGGUCCUUCCCAAGUCUUCGCACACGGCGGUCGUCGAUCUCGCGAUCGAGCUCUUCGUGCUCCUGCUGCCGAUGCAGACCGAGAAGAUCCAGCAAAGUAUACUCGAGCAAGUCGCGUCUUUUAUGGGCGCUUCCACGCUACAAAAAGACCCCGGCCGUCGCGCGGCCAUCACCGCCAACGUCGCCAUGGCGUUAUCAGGCACGCUCAAGCUAGUCGCGUCUGCAAAACACUCGAGCCGUCUCAGAUUGACCGACGAAGCGGUCCUGAACAUCAUGCAGGAGCUGCUAAAGUCGAUCGCGGUCAAAGAAGACGCGUUCGUGCGCAUGAUUGCCGCCGACGCCAUCGGCAGGCUGUGCGCGAUCGCCGGCCCGAACUUUACGGGAUAUCAGGUCAAGCAGUCGGUCGAGGAGAUCGUGCACAACCGCGACCCGCACGCGCGCGCGGGUCUCGCGCUGUCGUUUGGCAGUAUCAAUAGCCAUGUCGGUGGUAUGGCGGCGGGAACUCACCUCAAAACGAUCGCGGGGAUUCUGAUGUCGCUCUGCAACGAUCCCCAUCCGGUGGUUCAUUUCUGGGCCCUGAAAGCGCUCGCGAGCACGAUGGAGUCAGCCGGUCUUAGCUUUUCGGGCUUUUCGUCAAGCGUGAUUGGUAUGCUUUGCACGCUGUACUUGUCUGACACGCAUAACGGCGAGUGCACGUCUGUGAUUUCGUCAAACCUCGAAGCCGACUUCUCGACCGUGCGCGUGAUUGCUCACUGCAUCGAUGCGUUUAUCGGCGUUCUCGGCCCGGAUUUACAGGACAUGUCCAAGAAUCGCGAGCUAGUCUCUUUGCUCGUGCAAGAGAUCUCUCUCGAGAGCGAUCCGUUCGCGGUCGUCGAGUCGCUAAAGUGCUACCAGCACGCCAUCCUCUUUGCCCCGCAGUACUUUGACCGCCGCUCGUUCUGCCUCAGUCUGACAAAGUACAUCAACUCGCCGAUCAAAGACCUCCGCGACGCCGCGAUCGACGGAUACUACCAACUUGCGCGCAACGACGUCAACAGCGUGUUUGCCAGCACCGGCCGCGCGCUCGAAGGCCACAUCUGGCUCGCGUUCGACAUGACGCCCUGGCACGAAGGCGUCAAGAGUAUAAUCCUCACCUGGCUUUCGCAGACCGGUGUCUCGGAGGCGCGGCACUGGGUCGCGAGAUGCCAGGCCGUGCUCGUGAAGCUCGUCGCGAGAAGAAAGAAGCAGCCCUUGCUGCGUGCGAGCACGAUCGCGCAGAUCCAGGCGGCAGAGCCUGAUCUCAAGGAUGAGGAGGUAGCCGGGUUCGCUGCGGCGGCUGACGACGGCGGCGAGAAGCAGACGACCACAAAAGCCAACGGCGGCGAGCCUUUGAAAUGGCAGACGCGCGUGUUUGCGCUCAAGUGCCUUAAAGAGAUGUUGGCGAUGAACAAACCCACGCUGCAGAACCUGGUGCCUAAAGUAGGCGACAUCAUCCGCGCCGCGUUCGCAGCCUCGACCUCUAACGUUCUCGAGAUGCGUCUCGUCGGCGUAAGUUUGCUCGACGACGUUCUUCUCGCGUUUGGCAAGAUGCCGGAUCCGGAGUUUGACGACGUGCCGCUUCUGGACCAGUUCCAGGCGCAGAUCGCGUCGGCGCUGACGCCGGCGUUUGCGAGCGAUUCGUCGCCUGAGUUGGCGGCUGAGGCGAUUAAUGUCUGUGCGGAUUUCAUUGCCAGCGGGAUUGUCACUGAUGUUGCGCAUAUGGGGAGGGUGUUGAAGUUGCUUAUUUCGGCACUUGAUAGCUGUACUGCACAAGGUGAUGAGAUUACGGUAGGAGAGUUGAAGAGUCUGAGUUCAAACUCUACAGUCAUGCUGCGACUCGCUAUUCUAUCCGCCUGGGCAGAACUUCAAAUCGCGUCGGCCAACCACGCCUACCUGAUCGAAGUCACAAAGCCACACAUCACCAAACUCGCGCCGCUCUGGCUCGGCGCGCUGAAAGAGUUUGCGCAGCUCCGAUUCGAGCCCGAGUCCGACAACGAGACGACGUCGCUGUCUAACUCUGUCGGCACGAAAGAUAGCGUGCUGCUGUUUUACGAGCAGUCGUGGCUCAAGAUCGUAGAGGCGAUCGCGACCGUGAUUGAUCAGGAGCCGCAGAUGAUGAUUGCCGCUCUCGAAGGCCACAGCGGGAACGGGACGAGUGCGCCGGCGAAGCAGGAGAGCGACGGGUCCUCGUUUUUCUUUGUCUUGUUUGGAAUCUGCUUCGAAGCGCUCGUCAAGGCUCCGAACGGCGACGUGCUAGCCUCGAAGCAGGAUAUGCCGCGAAUCCUACGUGCGUUGCAGAAAGUCAUGCGUCCGGACGUUUGCGGAUCGUCGAUUUACCAGCCGCGGGUGUUUGUCGAGAUUGUCGAUCUUUUUGACCGGAUUGCGCUCACAGAAGGGUAUGACUGUCAAGAGCCGCUGAUCGGGGUGCUGCGCAGUAUGUGCAUCCAUCAUCCGGCUACGAAGCGGGAGUAUGAGGUCGAUAUCGAUGGAAAUGAUACGAUGAGCGAUGGAACUGAUCAGAUGUUUGAUCUGCUCCGGGCGGUUAUCUCUAUCCUUGCGCAGAUCCAUCCCGCGAUCUCUGAAUCUGGUGACUUUGCGAGACCGUUGACGGAUGACGCGGUGAAUGUUACGCGUGUAGCGAUGGACGCCGCAAAGGACAUGGUUGAGGCUUUCUCGUUUGACGUUCGGAUCGAUUUAUAUGCCACAUAUCUGCAUAUGGUCGGAUGCUUGAUUGAAGCGCCCGAAUGCCAGGAAACGGCAGUGCCGGCGAUCCUGCCUAGUCUGAAGCAGAUGCUUCGCAACGUGGUCAAGUCGACGCAUGAGGCCGACCACGAUGCCUACGGGCAGAUUGUGCAGGAGACGCGGAGUUUCAUUGCGCUGUUUACGACGGUGCUCGAUCGCUACAGCGAUUCGCAUGAUAGCACCAGUCUGCUGAUCCGCAAGAACUGCCUGCUGGCGUUGGUAGUCGUAAUCACCUCGACCGAGUCGAUCUUGGCUGCGAACGACCCGCUGAUUGAGGAAUGCUGCACGGUAGUGAUCGACUCGUUCAACGACUCCGAGCUCGCGCCGAUCGCGGCGCAGUGUGCGCGCUCGCUGCUGCUGUCGUCUAGCCGGAGCUCGUUCGCGCAGAUCCUCGGCCGCAAACUGCUACCGCAGCUCGUCGCGCUCGCGGCCGGAACCGACGGCGCCGGCGCGGGAGGCGAUAGCGAGAUGGCGGGCGUGAUUGGCGACGUGCUGGUCGCGUUCAUCAAGAGUCUGCACGACGAGCGCGUGGCGCCCGCAAUGGCGGUGUGUAUCCCUGUCAUUCUGUACAGCGUGCAGGACGAGCGGCAGAGCGGGGCGCAGCGGAAGCAGCUUGUGGAGUUGGCGAAUACGGACGGGCUGUCGUUUAAGUCUGUUGUGUCGUCGCUGACUGCUGCGCAGCGGAUGAAGAUGGAGAGGUUGCUGCGCGCGCCGGCGGAGGAGGAUGAGGAGAGUGGAGAGGCUGAUGCGCAUAGUGCGCCGACGAUUCAGUUGAAGAUGAACUUUGGCUUUUAGGAGAAAAGUGAGGUCGGUUAUAGAGGAGGAGUACUUGUAAUUAGAAUGAAGUGUUUAUGAAUAGAGUGAAAUUGGAGGGUUUCCCGACACAUGGCGAUAAUAUACAGAUUAUAUGACACUUAAAUAACCAAUACCAAAUACAGAAUAGAACUACACUACUGCUCAUCCUCCGUCUUUGUCUUUUUCCGCUCCUCUUUAUCAUCAGCGACCUCGA